AUGGCAAAGGUAGCUGGCUUUUCUGUUUUCAGCAUUCUGGUGACAGGAUCCGAUCAGGGGAUCGGUCUGGGUCUGGUGAAGAGGUUCCUGGAGUUGCCCCAUCCACCCAAAUGGGUCUUUGCUACUUCUCUUGAUCUGAUGGGAGAGGAAACCAAGGAAGUGAAAGAGUUGGCUUGCAAACAUCCGAAUUUGGUGGUGUUGCAAUUAGAUGUUACUAAUCUUGAAAGCAUCCAGGCAGCUCUGAAAGAAGUGGAAAAAUGCGUUGGAGAAGAGGGGCUGACCAUCCUAAUCAACAACGCUGCCACUUCGUCCUUCAACGGUCUGGAAACAGUAAAUGCCAAAGAUAUGACGAGAGUUUACUCUGUCAAUACGGUUGGCCCACUGCAAAUGAGUCAGGCAUUUCUGCUCCUUCUGAAGAAGGCAGCCCGGAGAAGCCCAUGUCAAGGGCUGAGCAGCAGCAAGGCAGCUGUUAUUAACAUGUCCAGCAUUGCAGGAUCAAUUCAGAAUAUGGCUUUUUUGAACAACGUGAAGAUAAUUGCAUAUCGUUGCAGUAAGGUUGCUUUAAAUAUGCUCACCAAGUGCCAAUCUCUUGAGUAUCCAGCCGAUGGAAUUAUGAGUGUUGCCAUCCAUCCUGGCUCAGUUAAAACUGCUCGCAACCCAAUUCCGGGAAUGAGUGUGGAAGAGAGCACGCAAGGCAUCAUGACUGUGCUGUCCAUGCUUUCUGAGGAGGACAACGGGACCUUUCUGGAUUGGUUGGGUCAUCGAGUUUCCUGGUGA